AUGUCGACAGCCGACGACCUCCAAUGGGCACUGCACGCCAUAGAAUCCGACGACCACCACCUUGAGACCAUCUCUUUCCACCUCUCUCAACCAACCUCAGCCUCAGGCUCAGGCAGCUGCCACCAAGAAACUGAAAACUCCCUCAAACUACACAUCUCAAGAGAACAAUUCUCCCACCUUCUCAAUGCCAUAACAACUAGUUCCCAAAAUACACUAACUAUUAAACGCCUGGAGUUCCACUCCGUAGAAUGGGACCCACAGGCUGCAAAACAUCUCGCGGGUCUGCUCGAUAUCGCCGAGCACCUGACCUUCCAACGAAACAAAUUCGACGCAGAAUGCUUGUCCGAGCUGUCACGAGCUCUGAGGAACAACAAAAGCGUUAAAGACAUCGUGUUCUCCCAAUCGGGCCUCGGACCAAAUGGAGCUUCAUCACUCGCAGGCGCUCUCAGGGACAAUCAAACCUUGGAGGGAUUCCAAAUAUGGGAGGACUCGAUCGGGACAAAGGGCGCCGAAGACCUCUCACAGAUGCUCGAAGCCAACUCGACCCUUAAACGUCUGACCGUUUUCGACCGCAAGCCUGCCGUAGCCGCCCCUCUCAUUUCGGCUGUCCUGGCCAGGAACCGGGCCACGGAAGUCUUCGUAUGGAAUGCCGACCGCGAGGGCAAUAGUUCGAAAAUGGCCGAAUUCGAACCCGGAAAGGGCUCUCUGCGAGUGCGCGGCCACCUGGAUGUUGCGGGCGCAUGCAGGGUCACUUGUGCCUUGGGCCGGAACUCGACCGUGAGAUGUUUCAACAUGAGUGGGCUCCGGCUCCAGUCGCGGUGGGCCCGGGAGUUUCGGUGGGUCCUCGAGCAGAACACGACCCUGAGAGAGGUAAACCUGUCGGGCACGGGCCUUAAGGACAAAGGAGUCGUUUACGUGGCGGCCGGGCUUUUUAAGAACCGGGCCUUGGAAAAAUUGUAUCUUGAUGGGAACUCGUAUAGUGGGGUGGGCGUUGAACACUUGCUCUGUCCUCUUAGUAAAUUCUCGGCCUUGCAGAAUCAAGCCAACACGGUUCUAAAGAGACUGAGUUUAGGAGGAGGAGGAACUAAGAUGGGGAGGGUGGGACUUGCUGCCAUUUUGCGUUUUCUGGCGAGCAACCAAAGCAUGGACUGGUUGGGCAUACACGACGAUGGGAGUUUGAAGCCGGACGGGAUAGUAAAAAUCUUGGAGAGCUUGAAGAGGAAUUCAACUCUGAGGUGCCUGUCUCUCCAGGGCUGCAAAGGGGUGAACGGAGAACAAGUAUACCGGGCCAUAAUGGAGACAUUGGAUGUGAAUCCCUGGAUAGAAGAGAUUGACCUCUCAAGAACACCGCUCGAGGCUGCCGGAAAAACGGAAGACAUAAUUCAAAGGCUAAAGCAGAACGAGAUGAGUGGGCCUGGGGAGAUUGAUUUGCUCAACGAUAUGGCCAUGACUACGUCUAGGAGCUGUCGGGUUUUUCUAUGUGGCCAAGAAUGCGCUGGUAAAACUACGUUGUUCAAUUCGAUAUUGCAGAAUUUGUCACCUUCUAAGGUGCCAUACAUGGACCACAUGAGGAGCCUGGUGGACCCGAUCGAGCAAGCAGUUAAGUUGCCUGGCAUGAGUAUCAAGACCUUUAAGGAUGGAGACACAAGGAUCUCGAUAUGGAACCUCGCAGGCCAGCACGGGUCGUUCUCACUGCAUGACCUCAUGUUCCCUGGCCAUGGCAGCGCGUCCCUCUUCCUGAUUGUGUGCAGCAUGUUAAAAAAACCAGGCAAUAGAGAAUUGAAAACCCUGAACGAGAUCCAAGAGGAUCUUGAGUUCUGGCUCCGGUUCAUUGUUUCAAGCUUGAAAAGAGCCGUUCAACAGUGCACGCUACCGAGUGUGACGAUAGUGCUUACCCACCACGACAAAGUUGAUCAGCAGCCGGAUGAUUUCCAGAACACCGUUAAUAUGGUACAGAUGCUGAAAGAUAAAUUUGAAGGGCUCACUGAGUUCAGCCCGAUUGUUUUCACUGUUGACGCAAGAUCAUCAGGGUCAGUUAGCAAGCUCAGCAAACAUAUCCCACGAACUUGCAAGACAAUACUUGAGAAGGUUCCUAGAGUUUACCAGCUUUGCAUUGACCUGGUGGAAAUUUUAUCCGAGUGGCGGCGGGAGAACAACGACCGACCAUCAAUGAAAUGGAAAGAGUUUUCCGACCUGUGCCAGGUGAAGGUCCCGUGUCUGAGAAUCCAAUCGAGGCACGAUAACAGGGAGAGAGUCGAGACGAGGAGGAAAGCAUUGGCUACGAGUCUUCACCAGCUGGGGGAGAUUAUUUAUUUUGAUGAGCUGGGGUACGUGAUUCUUGACUGCGGGUGGUUUUACGGGGAGAUGCUGAGUCAGAUGAUGAGGAUUGAUUUUAAGAAGCAUGUUCCGAAAGAGAAUAACGGAUUCCUGUCCAGAGAAGAGUUUGAGAAGAUUCUGAGAGGAAGCUUGCAGAGUAACAUGAUGGAGAACCUUGAUGCUAAUGGUCUUAUAAAGAUUAUGCUGAGACUCGAAAUAUGUUUCGAGCAAGAGUGUUCAGAUUUGGGUUUGGCUCUGCUGGUACCAUCGAGUUUGGAGGAUGGCAGGUGGAGGCCUCAGAAAUGGCCGGUGGACUCUGCUAAUAGCAAUUACGUGGGAAGGCGUCUUCAGUGUGAUGAGUCGAGCCACGUUUUUUUGGCACCCGGUUUCUUCCCACGGUUACAGGUACUUCUGCACAAGAAGAUCACGAGACUGCGUGAGCAGCACGGAGCAGCAUCUUACAUCCUCGAGAAGCAUCUGAUCUCGAUAAACAUAAACGGCAUUCACGUUCGCGUGGAGCCUGGAGGGCAAUCGAGUCAUUUCAUAGACGUCCUCGCAUGCUCCUCCAAGAGCCCGACCGAGAUGCUCAGACUCUUCCAGCACCUGAUAACACCAUCCAUACAACAGACCCUCUACCAUGGACCCACACUCACAGAGCACGUGAUCCGACCCCAAUGCGUGAAAAUUCUCACGCCCCCAAGACACCGCGAAAGCCACUGCGUCCCUGUACAGCAACUAAAACGAGCCCUGCUGUCGGUCCCCGCAGACGGCAUGUACGACUACCAGCACACGUGGGGCGACGGGUUCGACUUCGCCCGUGACCUUCUGUCUGACGACGAUUUUCGAGACGUGCUGCACUCCCGAUAUAACGAUCUGUACAACCUCGCCAUGGAGCUUCAGGUCCCGCCCCAGGAGAACGGGCCCCAGGAGAACGGGGAAAUAGGCGCCUCUGUGGACCCCACGCUGGGCGGCAUAGCCAAGGGCGUCGAGGCUGUUCUACAAAGGCUAAGGAUAAUCGAGCAGGAAAUAAGAGACGUGAAGAGGGAGAUCCAAGGGCUGAGGUACCAUGAGCAGUGGCUGUUGGGUGAGCUCCAGCGCAAGGUGGGGUACCUCGUGAACUACAGCGUGCAGCAGGAGGAGCGGAAGGUGCCCAACAUGCUCUACUUUGUGAGGACCAACAAUUACUCGAGGAGAGUGGUCACAAGCAUGGUCCCUGGCAUGAGAGCCAUGAGGCUGCACAUGCUGUGCGAGUUCCGAGGAGAGAUGCACGUGAUAGAUGAUCAGGUGGGGUGUGAGGUGAUGCGGGUGGACAACGAGGCCGUCAGUUUUGUUCCUAGCAGCUUCAUCACCCAAAGCCUGCAAUUGUUCAUUUGUUCUAAUCUCAAUGUUGCGACCAAUUCCAACACCAAGAUCGAGGCUGAUAGAACCACCACUAUCUUGGGGCCUCAUUUUAGGAAUUCCCGCAUACUCAUGGCUGCUGUUCUUCGCAGUCGGGACAUCAUGGUUGUGUUUUCCCUCAUAAGUCGUUAUGACGGCUUUAGGGUCAUGAGAUGCCCUCUCAACAUGUUUUCGCACGGGGCAUCCAGCAUUUGUGCACUUGUAGUAACUCCUGCAUAUUGUAGUUAG